AUGGUGGCAGAGGGUGAGGGCCUGCUGCCCAUGUUUGUCAAGCUGAUGGAGUGGAACCAGCAAGCCACAGAGGCCCCUCCUCAGCUCCUCUACGUGGACUGUGACUGCUGUUUCAGCGUGGGCAAGGGCAAGGCAGCUGCCAUGUUCCACGAGUGUCACCACGGACAGUCACCAGCUGUACGGCCGCCUCUCCUUCUGCGUCUUCAAGUGGGACGUGGAGGAUGUGGCCCAUCUACAGGAGGCCUGACUGAUGCCGGGUCUUGCAGCAGACCCACUGUCAAGGAGCUGGCUUGGCACUGUCGUCUCCGCCGCAAACGUGGGGCCCAGGAGACUGAGCUGCUCAUCCAGGAGCUGACGGACACCAUGGGCAUCAGGCUUCUGGACCGCAAGAAGAUGGAGGACAUCUGGCAGACCCAGAGGCACCACCUCCACUGCAUUCAGGAUCCUCCUGGUGUACAGCUGUACAGGAGGGUGCGGCAGGUGACCAGGGGAGGGCUCGUCCUGCCCGUGUAUCUCUGUGCAUGCAGUUCCACUUCCCUGGAGUCGUUCCACCUGCACCUGAACCCAUUCAUACCUGGUACAAGUGCGAGUGCCCUGCACUUUCAGUCAUACCUGCUUGAACGGUUGGUGAGGUGGAAUGAAGACCGCAUAGCAGCAGCAGUGGAGGGAAGUGAUCCUACUCAGGUCUGCUACAGCAGCCAGCUGCAGUACUAUGCUGAGCACCAGCUGAGCAAGCAUUUCCUUAGGCUCCAGAUGGACUACACUAGGCCUGGAGAGUAUACAUCCUCUCAAUCUCUCUUGCUCUCUCUCUCUCUCUCUCUCUCUCAUAUUCACAUACACACGCACACACACACAUAGCCCUUUUUUCCCCUCUGGGAUGUAUUCAACACACUUGUUUAGGUGAACUCAUCAGGGUGGAGUACCUGUACUCUCAGACCGGUCUAGUGCUGCAUUAGGACGUCGGCAGGGAUACAGACGCUCCCGAUGGGCUUAGCAAUGAGGACCUUCCAGAACUGGAAGACGAGGGAUUCGAGGAUGUGGAUUUGGGGUUGAAUGAGUAUCAAAUCACUGCUGCCUCUCCAUCGCACAGCAAUGGGACCUCGUUCUCUGGCUGCCUCGUCGCGGACCCAGUCAUACUGAACCAAG